UGAAAUAGAAGAAAGAUAUUUCAAUUUAGUCACUAAGUUGCAUAUUAGGUAGUUAUCUAUUUAUUAGAAGAAAUUUCAAAACACCUUUGAGAAAUAUAAAACAAAAAUAUACCUCUUGUCUAUUAUUUCAGAUUUCCUGACGAUUCCAGUUGGUUUUGCCCAUGGUCUGGAGUUUUGCUGAGGAUGGCUUCACACCUUUGGUCUCGACGACCAAGCCGAGCCCCAAGCCUGCUGAACCACAAGAAGAAAAGCUCCCAGAGGUAGAUCUGGUGGGGACGAAGAAUGUGGUCAACUUGAUGAACCUGAUCAACCAGGAACACGAUGUCCUGGGACUGUGGCAGGAACCAGUCAAGAAGCCGGAGCCCCAAGAAAAAGCACCUGUUAUUGAGCUUAAGAUAACCUCAGAUGUAGAAGAGGAAAAUGUUUUACCGCCAGAUACUAGUGUGGGGCCCGUGCUGAGUAUUUCGAAGGCUGUGAUCAAGAAGGCUGUGGAGAAGACUCAGUGGGCAGAAGAAAUCGACAUCAGCACUCCAGUGGACAGACUUCAACAAGAAGGUGCCAAGUCCGGCUUUCACAUGGCCCUUUGA